ACAUCGCGGGAGCGCAGGACAAGUGGCAUGCACGCUUUAACCUCCCUGGCGGUGUUCCCUAGUGUAGCUCGGGGUAAAGUUUCAGUACCACAAGCAGUAACCCCGAGCUACACUCGGGAAUACCCUGCAGCGUUGCUCCGGGAUCUCUUCUUCACUUACCUUGUCCUGCGCUCCCACAAUGUCCCCCCUGCAGUGUCCGUGGCAAUGUCCUCUGGUGGAUACCAGCAUCUGUCUUCCGGGUUCCGGUCCCUGCGAUGUCAGGACGUACGGGGGACGGAACUGGUGGGAGAUUUUAAAAAUUUUAAAAGU